AGAAUGACAAGAGCAGUGGAUUAAAUAAAAAUAACAAAGGCAAGGGAAAAGGUGGUGGAGAUGAUGGAGAUGACGGAGAUGACCCGAAUGACACGAAUAUUACGAUGUCAUACGGAAUUAUUGAUGCAAAUGCUUCUGCUAAUAUUACGUCUAGUAAUGACAGUAAUCCAAUCGGUCAGGUAGUCACUAUACAUUUUAUGUUGAGUAUGUGGCACCCGGGGAAUAAAGAUAACAAGUUAGAAUUUGAAAUCUCCAAAAUAAACUUUUCAGGAGGGGAGAUGUUAUCUGAUCAAUUUAAAGAAAUAAAGGGCGAAGGAUAUUACCCCGUUGAAGCUAAAAUUAAUUUCAAGGCCUAUCAUAACUGUCAGAAAGACAAUAAUUCUGUCUUAAUUACUGUUGAAGAAUCAUUUCCAUAUAGUGAAAUGGAAGAUGUGCAGGUUUCUUUGACAAAAUCAAAAGGUUUGUCAAUGGGAAUUGAUGGGUUUAACCCUACAUCCAUUUUAAACUUAAAUCGAGAACAAACA